CUCACAGCUGGAAGUAUGCAAGUUUUAGCGAGUCACAAAAAAUAGGGAAACUUACACAGAGUCUCCUUGGCCACUUCCCCAUUUGAGUGAUCACACACCCAGAGCUGCAGCUCUGACGGCGCUCUCAGUGAGAAGGGAAAAGGUGUGUUCACAGCCACCCAGUCAGGGGAGGGACGCGAGCCUGAUUGGGAAAUCCCUGGACAACGAGGAUAUAAAUUCCUGCCCGACCGCUGAGCUUCCACUGAAGGUGAAAGGCCUGGCAGCCUUCCCAGAAGACAAGCUCCAGGCCCUGCUGGGCAGGACUGGCAGUCUCCCCUCCCUGUGUCCUCCAGAAGCUUCUGGGAGCCAUGUUCCUCUUGUCCGUAUUGAUAAUGGGCGUGUCCCCCUUCGCCGUGCAGUCUGAGGAUCACACGGUGGCCGCAGGAAGCUGCCGAUUUCAUGGCAGGCACCCCAAAACAUGGUUCAAGGUAGAAGGGGAGCCUUUGGUCUUGAGGUGCCCCCAGGUGCUCCACUGGGAGUCUACCAGCGCCCAUGUCAACGUGACGUGGCAUAGAAAUGACUCCGCCUUGGCGGUCCCAGGGGAAGAAGAGUCGCGCGUGUGGGUCCAAGAUGGAGCUCUCUGGAUCGUGCCAGCCUCCCAGGCAGACUCCGGCACCUACAUCUGCACUGUCAGAAAUGCCUCUUACUGUGACAAAAUGUCCGUCGAGCUCAGGGUUUUCGAGAAGACAGAAGCCUCUGUGCCGCUCAUCUUCUACCCCCAAAUUAUACCCUUGUCAGCCUCUGGGCUACUGGUUUGUCCUGAUCUGAGCGAAUUCAUCGACAACAAAGCUGACGUGAAGAUUCAGUGGUACAAGGAUUCUGUCCCUUUGGAUCAAGACAACAAGAAGUUUCUCAGUGUGAGGGGAACUCGCUUACUCGUAAACAACGUGUCCAUGGAGGACGUGGGCUACUAUACCUGUGCCAUGACGUUUGCCCACAAAGGCAGGCAAUACAACAUCACCAGGAAUAUCAAACUCCAAGUCAAGAAAAGAGAUGAGGAGACCAUUCCUGUGAUCAUCUCUCCCCACCAGACCAUCUCAGCCUCGCUGGGGUCAAGACUGACAAUCCCGUGUAAGGUGUUUCUGGGAGCCGGCAUACACACAACCACUCUGCUGUGGUGGACGGCCAACAACACCCUCAUAGAGGACGCCUACCACGGGGGCCGUGUGACCGAGGGGGAGCGCCAGGCAUACUCAGAAAACAAUGAGAACUACAUUGAAGUGCCACUGAUUUUUGAUCCCGUCAGAAGAGAGGAUUUGCACACGGAUUUUAAAUGUGUUGUCCGUAAUACGAUGAGUUUCCAGACGCUUCGCACCACGGUCAAAGAAGCCGCCACGUUCUCCUGGGAGAUCAUGCUUGCCCCCCUGUUCCUCGUCAUCUUGGUUCUGGGGGGCAUAUGGAUACACAGACGGUAUAAAUGCAGAACUGGAAAAGACUAUGGUUUGAUGGAGUUAAAGACUGGCCAUCCAGACUCGCAAUCCUAUCCGAGUAAAAUAAAGGAAAUAAAAUAGUUCACAUCAAGCCAAGUCCUUUCCAACGGAAGCGGCUCAGUUGUGAAGGAUGCUCUUCUUGUCCUCGGUUGUUUACCAAAGCUACUGUGUUUAUAGUGGAUUGUAGUGAGAGACUGAAAUGUCCACAUAAUGUUUAUUGUGAAACCAGAUCACGGGAACCAGUGUGCAUGUGGGUGGGUAUGAAGUGCCCUUUGAAUAAGAGUUGGAAACAUCGAAAUGAGUUUUGAAAUUCAUUUAUUCAUUUCAUAAAAAUGUGUUAAAAGUUCUAUGUUGGCUAUGCUCUGUGGCAGAUGUUCUAGAUACAAAAAUAGUGAAGGAAUGGUUUUCCUUUUGGAAAAGUGGAAUUUUAUCUCGAAACUGGAAAGGAUGAUUUAGAAAUACUCAAGAGGUAGAAUCCUCAAAAAUUGGUAAAUGCUUUUUAAAACGAUGAUCCAGAAAAUGGUAGUGUCAAAUAGAUGGUCUGAAAAAUACAUAACAUACUAGUGAAUGGAGAAAUGGAUUCAGUUUUCAUAAUUAAACUUCUGAAAAUAAAAAGAAAGGAAGAGUGUUGAGAUGAUUGCAUACACAUUGUGGAAAAAAAAAUCACAGCCUCUUUUAUAUAAUAUACCAAAAAUAAAUUCCUGCUAAGUUAAUGAGUUAAAUUUAAAAA